CGCUCCCUCACAGCGAUCCCCUCGCUUUAAGCAAAGGGUGGCGAAGCGGGCGAGCGUCUCAGGUGACGGCCGCUGCCCGCCCUUCUCCGCCCGCUGACAGCUGCUGUCGCUCGGCGGCUGCCUGAGGAGAGCGCGGUCGCCGGUGCCUGAGGGAAGGCGGCCGCCGCGCUCCCUCCUGCCCUCGCCCUGCCGUGCCCAGCCGGCGGCGCGGCUGCAGUAGCGGCAGGCGGGGAAGCGCUUCUCGCCGCUCCGCCUCCGCCAUCGCCUCCCGCUUGCGGGGAUGUGUGAUUGCCAUGGCGAGGCUGUUCUUCCCGGGGGCCUGGCUCAGGAAACCCCACUACGCGCAGCAUCUUUAUUGGUGGACCACUGAUAUAGUCUAGCAUGACAAUCCUGUGUUCCUGUACAGCUCUCUCCUACCUUUCCUUCUCUCGCUACAGAUAGGUACGUUUCUCAUAUAUGCGGAUGAAGUAUCUCUUCAUCUCUUGGUUAGUAGUAUUUAUUGGCAGCUGGGUUAUGUAUGUUCAGUACUCCACCUACACAGAACUAUGCAGAGGACAUGAAUGUAGGAAAAUAAUAUGUGAUAAAUACAAGACUGGAGUUAUUGAUGGGUCAGCAUGUAGCAGUCUUUGUGCUAAAGAAACAUUGUAUUUUGGAAAAUGUUUGUCAACAAAGCCAAAUAACCAGAUGUAUUUAGGAAUCUGGGGAAAUCUGCAAGGUGUUAUAAAAUGCCAGAUGGAAGAAGCCGCCCAACCUGAUUUUGGUACUGACCCAGAACCAAGGAAGGAAAUAGUCCUAUUUGAUAAACCAACAAGAGGAACCACUGUUGAGAAAUUCAAAGAAAUGGUAUAUGGUCUUUUUAAAGCAAAAUUGGGUGAACAAGGAAAUCUUUCAGAACUGGUUAAUCUCAUCCUGUCUUUUGCUGAUGGAAACAAAGAUGGUAGAGUUUCUUUGCCAGAGGCGAAAUCUGCAUGGGCACUUCUGCAGCUAGAAGAGUUUCUGUUAAUGGUGAUCUUGCAGGAUAAAGAACAUACUCCCAAGUUGAUGGGAUUUUGUGGUGAUCUCUAUGUGACCGAAAGAGUUGAAUAUACCUCUCUCUAUGGAAUCAGCCUUCCAUGGAUUAUAGAACUUUUCAUUCCCUCUGGCUUCAGAAGGAGCAUGGACCAAUGGUUUACUCCAUCAUGGCCAAGAAAGGCAAAAAUAGCUAUAGGGCUUUUAGAAUUUGUGGAAGAUAUUUUCCAUGGACCUUAUGGAAACUUUCUGAUGUGUGAUACAAGUGCCAAAAACUUGGGAUAUAAUGAUAAAUAUGAUUUGAAAAUGAUGGACAUGAAAAAAAUUGUGCCAGAAAUGAAUUUGAAGGAAAUAAUUAAAGAUCGUCAAUGUGAAUCAGAUUCGGACUGUAUUUAUGGUACAGACUGUAGAACUCUGUGUGACCAAAGCAAAAUGAGAUGUACCACAGAAGUAAUUCAGCCAAACUUGGCAAAAGCCUGUCAGCUACUUAAAGACUAUCUGCUUCGUGGUGCUCCUUCUGAUAUCCAUGAAGAACUAGAAAAACAACUGUACUUGUGUAUUGCCCUUAAAGUCACAGCAAAUCAGAUGGAAAUGGAGCAUUCUUUAAUACUCAAUAACUUGAAAACUUUACUGUGGAAGAAGAUUUCCCAUACAAAUGAUUCUUAGCUUCUCCACCAGCAGAAGAUAAUAUUGAUGCCUGCCACUAGAGGUGGCCUACCACAUUUGUUAAAGAUUAUCUGCAGCAUUUUUUAAAGACGUUUCUUUACUCAGAUUUUAUGAAUGGCUCUUUAACUCUUGCCCUUCAGUGACGGGCCUUUGCAAAGAAUGAACAUGCCACUGGGUGAUCGGGCAGAGGCCAGAAGCACUUCUGGUGUUCCAGUGCUGUGUUAUGGAAACAAAAAACCCUGCAUGCUUGACUGUUCUGUGCACUUUGUCAGAUCUUGACCAGGAUGAAAGUAUUCACUGUGCCACCACAUCAACUGAUGGAACAUCUUACAAUUCCGUGAAAAUCAUUGCUCACAUGUGAAAUACCUGCAAAAGAUUUUUAUCCUAAGUAGUUUUAUGAUGAACCACCACUACUGCAAAUGAUGUGUCUGAGUCCAAGCUGCUGUUGUGAAUAAACUGAACUGUGAGGUUGAAGUUUACUAAUACCUUGGCAUGGCAGAAUUUGCACAUUAAUAGUUUUUAAACUGUGGAAAAAUUAGAAUUUUACUGUAGAACUGACAGGUUGUAAUAUGAGACUUAAAUCAGAUUGUUUAUACCUUGUUACCUCAUGCUUACAUCUUGAAUGUUUAAGUAGUUCAACAUUUUUUAAUGAAGUCCUUAUACAGUGAACCAUGUUGGGAGCCAAGAACUUUAGAAUAUGCUACUUCUUAGAAUCAUGCAUAUAGUCUAGCAGCAAUAUCACCAUUUGUUUCAAAACCCGUAGAUUAUUGUACUUCAGUUGAAACCUUUAACCCAAAUUAAGCUGUUGCAAAUAUUGAAAAGUAAGGAGGUUAUGGACUAAGCUAUUUUAUGAGAACUUAAGUUAAUUUUUAAAAAUACUGAUAGCAGAAAUGUGCUAACAGUAAAAAAACAAAACAAAAAAACCCCUUGCAUAGUGUAGGCAUCUGCUGUAUGACAAGUGAAACAACUUAUUGUGGAUAAAGUCUUAACUCUUUACUGUCCCUCCAAAUUUAGCCUUGUACGUAAAUCCUCUUGAACUAUUGCAGGAAGUAUGUUAGCCAGAGCUAGACCAGAACUGUAGGACGGAAGCUGGAUUGUUCAGGAUCAUGGAAUAUUGCUUAUAUCAGAGCCGCUGAGAUAGUGACAGCUAGUAACAAAGUAGAACGUAAGUGAGCUGUACUGUUAGUAUUCCUUUUUUCUAGUAGCAUCUAUGAAUCAUUGUUACAUCUUUAAAAUAAGCACCAUCUGAUCCUGGCACUCCACAGGGCAUGACCACUGUAGCACCUUUAAUCUGCAUCCCCCUUGUCCUGGUCCCUUAAUUCAUUUUCAACAUAGGCAAAAAGGACAAGCUUUAUUUAAAUAUUUGAAAGGUUGUUAACUGCUUUAAGUAUGCUGUAUUAAAUGCAUUCCUUGAAUGAUUAAACCGAAGUACAGGACAAAGACAGUAAUUUCUCCAUACCAUAUGUAAUAGUAUGCAGCUUGGGUUAAGAGUGCACUGUUUUGUAAACAUCAGCUUUUUAGUUUAAAAAUUACUACGGUAAUUAUUAUCUCUAAGUUGAUAAUGUCCUCCAAUUAUAAGCUAUUACACUCAAAUAUAAAGUGGUCAUGUUCUUGGUGGAAAAAUCUGACUGUAAUUGCUACUAGGUUUUGGGCAGAGAAGAUUAUUGAAUCCAAAAUGAUGUUGGGUAUUUUAAACAACUGGAAAACAUGUUUAAUAGUGCAGUUUGUUGUACAGAACCUUCAGUUUCACUGAUGUUGCAUCAAGUUGGCGCUUUCAUUGGGAAAAAAAUGCUUUUGUUUACAAUAAAUCACAGGUCUCUCUCUUUCAAUA